CCGGGGAGCCGGGCUGGGGGGCGGGGGCGGCCUCCGAACAGGGCCCGGGCCCGAGCCGCCGCCGGAACUGCGAGGGACGACAACGACCGGGGCAGGGCAGCGCCGGCGGGCCAGAGUCGCGCGCCCCGGCCCGCACCCUCGGCGUCCUGCACCUUUCCGUGCGGUGUUCCGGCGUUCUUCCCUCGCCCGCUCCGCCCCCGCCCCGGCCCCUGCGGCCCAGCCCCGGGUACGAUGCUGCCCAGCUCCAUCCAGAUUUCGGGAGAGCCGCUGUCAGGCGCCGAGGUGCGGGACAUCUGCCGCGGCCUGCGCGACAACGCCGUGCGCCUGCUCUCCCUGCGUGGCUGCCGCCUCUGCGACCGCGACUUCGGCCGCAUCUGCCGGGCCCUAGCCGGAGCCACAUCCCUGGCUCAGCUCAACCUUAACCUGGGCGUCGUGUCCAGCCCCAGCCGCAUCAAACAGCUGGCGGAGGCGCUGCGGACCAACCGCUCCAUCCAGUCCCUCUUCCUGCACGGAAGCCCACUGACAGAUGCUGGUCUGGCCCUGCUGAACCCAGCCCUGGCCCUCCACCCUGCCCUCGUGGCUCUGGACCUGGGGGACUGCAUGCUGGGUGACGAAGCCAUCAACCUCAUCUGUGGCCUCCUCCCUCCGGACGGGGCCAAGUCUGGCCUGAAGGAGCUGACACUGAGCGCCAACCCUGGCAUCACCCCCAAGGGCUGGAGCCGCCUGGCCAUCGCUGUGGCCCACAGUUCCCAGGUCCGAGUCCUCAAUCUGGACUACAACCCUCUGGGUGACCACGUGGCAGGGAUGCUAGCUGUGGCUGUGGCCUCCAGCCGUACCCUAGAGGUCCUAGACUUGGAAGGGACCGGGCUCACCAAUCAGUCAGCUCAGACCCUGCUGGACAUGGUGGAAAAUUACCCGACAGCCUUGCGGAGUCUGGUGUUGGCUGAGAACAGCAUCAGCCCCGAGCUGCAGCAACAAAUCUGUGACCUUCUUUCUGAGGGCGAGGAGGAGGAGGAGGUGGCCGGAGGGACUGGCAACACCCAGGAAUGGGAACGAGAGAGGGAGCCCGCUGCCCACCAGAGGGGCAGCAGCUCCUGGAUGUGCCCCGGCGACGCCAGCUCGCAGAUGGUGCUGAUGACAUCAGGACUAGGGGACAGUCUGCUGGCUGAAACCGAGAUGUGACUUUCCACUUGGGUUUCUGUGUCAUGACAUACAUGUUUUUCUCUGUCCCCAGUGCCUUCCCUGGAUGGCAGGGACAGGCCCUGUGGCUUGAGAGGGCAUGGGGAUGGGGGUGGCCCUGGGGCUCUGGCAGCUCCUGGCAGUGUGGGAAGCUCUGGAAGCUGUGGCUGACAACAGCCUUGGAAGCACUGGAGCCCAGGGCAACGCCUUUGGACUCGUUGGCAGCUCUGGCUACAACCCGCUGGCUCGGAAGAGAUUUUAUAAAAUCUACAACUUGG